GCAACUCGAUGGGUUCAUGACAGGUGCCGGUCGGCCCACGAGAGUUUCGAGUCCGGCUUUGGGGGUGAUGUGGUCAGCGCAGAACUGAUUUCUCAUGUCAACAAAGCGUCUUCUUGAUGAUGCACUUUGGUCGUCGAUCGUCUUCUUCCAUCGAUCGCGGACCUCCUGUAAGUGAGAAUGCAGAUUCUAUGCAGAUUUUGAAGUAUUGAAUUAAAGCCGAGUUUAACGGUCACCGUUUGAUGGAUUUUGUCAGCGAAAUUUUUUUUUUGCCAAUUGUUUCCGGACGAUGAAAGCUUGAAAGCUUGCUCCAACGAAUUCAAUUGCUGAUACCAAGUCUGGAAGCAUCUGGAGGCGUGCUGUAACAUCACUGAACGCAUGAUCUUUGCCUGUGGUUUCUGAGCCACUUGAUUUUAUUCAAGUUGCACCGAAACCCCUAGCAACUGAUCAUGGCAGACGAUGUGCAAGCCAUGAUAUUUUACUAUGCGCGGAUUGGAUACGGCCAACACAUACAGAAUUUAUGUUCUAAACACCUCCAGAAGCGCCCGAAGGAUGCGGUGCUAAUAUUUUGGCAUGCCUUUGGACUCAUCUUGGAAGGUUCCUACGCUGACGCCUUGCAAGAACUGCAAGGGGUAAGUGAGCAGAGGGAUGUUGAAGUUGUUGCGGUCGCUGCAAUGCUCCAUGCACACCGUCUUUGUGCUAGCGUUGACAACGAAGAAGUCGAAAAGCUCGAGCAAAGAUUGCGGGUUGUCGAGAAGUGCGGUUCGGAAAGGGCACUCUACCUUGCUGCAACGCUGUACCUAUAUCUCGGCGGAACGAGCAACGUGAAAAAAGCGAAGGAGCUAACAGCUAAGAUAUUACAAAUCCAGCCACAUUAUGUUCCUUUCGAGUGCUUGUCAGCCUGGAUUGGACUUGAGCUGGAAAGUGAAAGAAAGAAGACUUCCGAGAAUACCAGUCAGAGCCAGAGACUGGAUUCGGAUUGCAUGGAGGCUUCCCUGCAUGUGUUUGAUGAAGUGCUUGGACGAGGGAACUGCAUUGAUGCUCUUAUUGGAAGAGCUUACUAUUAUGAGCUCAAAGAUGAGUUUGCGAAGGCGAUAGAUGAGUUGAAUCAAGUCAUUGUUGCAUAUCCAUGGUAUCUACCAGCCUUGUGUGAGAAAGGAAGGUUGGGAAUGCUGCUCCAAGACUGGGAUCUCGUACAGGAAACAUCACAGCUCAUUCUUCAGAGGGAUCCCCACAACAUCGAAGGUUUGCGCUUGACCAUCCACGUGAUGCUAUGUAUUGGGACUGAGGCAAUAAAUGCCACAAACGUACUGGACAAAUUACUAAGGACUAUUGAAGAAAGAGAAACGUGCAAUGGAAAUCUUUGUCUUCAAGUUUCGGCCCCAUUGGCAAGAAUCGCAGGAAGAGGCUGCCCAUCUGUCUUGCGCAAAACUUUGGCUCUUAUCAAGAGAGCAGAAGGGCUGCUACCGAAGCAUGCGCAGCUCUUUAUGGAGAUGGCAGAUCAAAACUUUUUGGUGGGAGAUUAUAAAGCAGCACUCGAGAACUACAGGUUAGCGUCUCAACUGGAUGAGCUGAGUAUGGAACCCAUGUAUGGGUCCGUUCAGUGUCUACUUGUGCUUGGUGAGGUUGAAGAAGCAGAGCAACAGCUUGAACUCCUUGUGGAGAUUUCUGUUUCAAUGGGAAAAUCAGCUAGUCUUUGUUACGUCAUGGCUCAAUUGGUUUGGAAGAAAGAAAAAGAUUACAGCCGUUGUCGAGACCUCCUAGCCGAGACUAUCGCACUGCAGAGUAAGGUCACGACAAAGAGAAAAGAUUACAGAUUUUACACCGAAUUGAAUCCUGAUAGGCUUCGUAGCAUCGCAAAUCUCUUCUUGGUCCUGUCCAGAUAUGUUUGCAAGGGUAUAUGCGUGGACCGAAGCUUCUGUUUGCAGCAAAGCGUGCUUCUGCUGGAGCUGGUCCUAGAUAUUAUACCCGGCCAUUUGACAGGGUACCUUAUGCUUGCUGAAGUCCAAAUUCAACUCGAUGAAUUCGACUCAGCUCAAUGCACUCUGCAAGCAGCUCUUGGCCUCGAUCACACGUUUGCAGCUGCUCAGCUUCUACUGUCCCAGGUACAAGUCCAGCUUAAGAAUUUUGAUACGGCCAGGCAAAGCUUGGAACAGGCUUUGAGUGACAAUUUCAUGGUUCGUGAGACCGUGAAGUACCAUGUAAUCCAAGCCCAUAUACUUUUACAUUAUAAGGAGAACGAGGAAGCUUUGAAGGUUCUUGAAUCAGCGAUGUUCCUACAAGGAAUGAAACAGGUCUCCACAGACAUGUACGAAGCCUACUAUUCAAGUACUGACCUAAACGCAUUGGGACAAACAGCUGACAGUGAUCGUGUGCUCGUGUACUUGCUGUUAGCUGACGUUCACAUGCGAUUUGGCCAUACACUUGAAGCUACGAAAACCAUCCAAGAUGCUAUGAAUGAGUUUAUGGGAACUCCCGAAGAGGCGCAAGUUGUUAUUGCUAGUGCCAAAUUGGCUCUACAAAGAGACGAAGUGAGUAAGGCUCUUGCUAUACUCAAACAGGUUCCAGUCGAGAGCAUAUACUUUAUCAAGGCAAAGGUGACUAUGGCAGACAUUUACAUCAAUCACUGGCAUGACAAAGCCAUGUACGCAAACUGCUACAGGGAAUUGGGUGAAUUCUUUCCUAGUGCCAAGACAUUUCUUAUGCUUGGUGAAGCGUACAUGAAAGUCGAUGACUUACAUAAAGGAGUUGAAGCAUAUGAGUCAGCGAUGAGAGAAAGCCCCAAGGAUGGUAGCGUAGCAGCUCAAGUUGGGAAAGCUCUAUUUACAAGCCACAACUACGAGAAGGCCAUUGAACACUACACUGCCGCCCUGCAAACCGUUGAUGAGGGGGUUUGGAAACUUGUAUUAUAUUAUGACCUAGCAGAAUCAUAUUACAAGCUGAAGAAGUAUGGUCAAGCUGAAGCUUUGCUUACUGAUAUGCUGGCGAGAGCGGAUAUCGAUAGUCCACACAAGGAGUCGAGAAAGACAUCAUCUCUUAUGCUCUGUCUUAAGGGUUCUCUGCUUCUAUCCAAAGUACAGAAUCUUCUAGGGACAUCUGGAACCUUGGCUGAGGUCAUGUCAAGCGUAAGAAAUCUUCAAUCUCGGUUACUUCCAAAACUCCACGGACAGCAUGGACUCAUUAAGGAGGACGCUAUUAAGGAGCAGAACUGUGUUGCUGCUGACAUCUACUACCAAUUCGCAAAGGAAUGUGAAGCGCGAAGGGACUUAGAUAAAACAGUAACUCUUCUUCAUGAGGCCUUGAAGUGCAACCCAGCACACAAUCAGGCUAUUUUGGCACUUGCAAGAAUUCAUCUAUCCAGUGGGGACAUAAGUGAAACUGAGCAGAAAUGUGCAUCAAUUCUUAGGGCUGAUCCUUUCAAUUCAGAAGCGGGGGAUAUUCUUGUUCGUUUGAUGCUGAACAAAGAACACUAUGAGUCGGCAAUUAUCCACUUCAAGCAAAACCUGGAGAGGGAUCCAAAUCACUACUUUUCUCUAGCACAGCUCAUAAGGCUUUUACGAUGUGCUGGACAAAGUGAUGAAGCUCAACAGUACGUGCUCAUCGCGCAAAAAGCAUCGUCAACUUCUCACACGCAUGCUGGGCUAUACUACUGCAAAGGAUUGCUUGCUCGCUACUUGAACAACCCCCAUGAAGCUGUUCAAAUGCUGAAUCGUGCACGUUCAGAUCCCGAAUGGGUGAAGCCAGCAAUUUGCCUUCUCAUUGAAAUAUACCUCAACAUCGGUAAUGAACUCGUAUGGGAAGAAGUGAACUUGGAGGGAACCAAUCCUAGUAGUGAAGAAGGUAUCAAGGCUGCGUGGAAGCUUUUGGGCGAAAACAGUCCCUGAAGGAAAUUGACUCAGCUGAUAUCUUCCUUAUCAUUAUCUCUCACUCCUCAGCAGUUACGACACACUUCUUACAGCUAUCAGCAUUCAACGACACGUUGUAAGGUUAUUUUAGUUUCACAAAGCAGAGGGAGGUAGACUAAAAUUCUCAGCCAACUUCUUGAAGAAUUCUUCAUCUUCUUCCGUGAAGAAGAAUUUUUUCGUGCAGCAUUAUACGCUCCUGCGAGCCCUUUAUCCAUUGCAGUUCACUGCAGUGGAGGCAACCGGUUGCCAAAAGGUGCUCCCCCCACAAGUGUGUAAAGCGUGAGACUCGAAUACAGGGCCUGGUGUGAGCCAGGCAAUCUCAGCUCACUUGGGAAUAGAUCCAUCUUGAUGUCUUGGUUAUUAGGCAACCCAAGUGAAUAUACACUGUGUUGACAUUUGAGUUUAAUCGCAUUUAUCAACCGACGUACAGUACUGUUCGUCUUUACUUGGGAAGUUUCCAGUUUUCACGUCUUCUUUUUCAGAGCGAUGUUGAAAAGGUUUACGCCAGUGUUUUUGCCUUUCAAGCAGACUAUUGGACGGGCAGUCCAUCAAUCAACUGGUCCUUGAGUGCUACGGAACCAUGGCAACGAGGCAAAAAGCAGAUAUUGAAUUCGCCCUCGGAAGGCUGACCGAAAGUGUACCGAAAGAAGAACAAAAAGUCUCGGUUUUACUGGCUAUGGCAACUGGAUUGACUUUGCUCAAGCAGACGGCUAAGGCUAAGAAUCAGCUUCGAAUAAUCGAUCGAAUGGUGUACAAGUGGGAAGAUGGCGAGGCAUUUGAGCGUGCAUGGCUCAUGCUCGCUAAUAUACUCAUGCAGGUACAUGUACAUUGCGAUGCGGCAAAUGUGAAGUUUGGCGAAGUUUGGCAAAUUUGGCGACCUGAAGUUUUUCAAAGAAUAUGAAUUGGGAACAGAGCAAAGAGGUUUUGCGUGGCCUCGUCUUGGUACUAACAGGAAGUCAAUGGUCGUAUUCGACUCUAAUAUUGGAGUUGGAACGAUCAUCUACAUGAAUAAUCUUUUCAGUGUUGAUGCGUAAUGUACAUGGAGCCCAUGCAUUAAGGACCGGAACAUGCUUGAAAAUGCACUCAUCGAAAUUCAGUAUCCGGUGGAAAGCUUGAUGCAGCAGAAGAGCUGUGCCGAAGGUGUUUAAAAUACAACAAAGAUUGUGCCAGAGCAUGGGAGUAUUUGGGUAUCAUGUUGGAACAGGGACAUUGCUAUGGUGACGCUGUGGUCUACUUCGAAAAUGCCUGGAAAUGCCACAGAGAAUCAUCUCCAUCGGUUGGAUAUCGCCUGGCUUUCACCUACUUGAAGGAGAAGCGUUACCUCGAGGCUAUAAGUAUUUGCCACAAGGUGUUGAAAUCUUUUCCGAACUAUCCUCGGACAAAAAAAGACAUCCUUGACAAAGCUCGUCUUUGCGUUCGGCCAUAGGUUCCUCACUUAACAGGCUUAUGAGGUAUUACAUCAAUUUCUAACAGUGAAGCAAGUACAUUAGUACGAAGCGCAGUGUUUGAAAUAGAAAACUUAUUUCCUUUACAGAACAUGGCGCCAUCAGUCAUUUAAUUCACUGAUCGUUGCAGCAGAAAUCAUGACCUUUUGAAUCACUGUAAAUCAAGCUUCAAGAUUUUCUGAAGACAUUGUGCAUAAGUUUCUCCCAAGUAGCGAGGUAUAUGUGCUUGAUAUGUUUCAUGCUAUGAGCAGAUUUAUAGUAUUGCCCAGAGCCUCGAAAAGA